AUGGCUACAGAGGGUGUUGCAUUGCGGGCGGCGCUGACGACCGUAUCGGCUACGAGAGACAUGCGUUGCAUUCUCUACACUUGUGCUGCAACCUCUGGACAUACGUAUGUGAAAGUUUCCAGUGGAUCGAGCGUUGCGUUCGCUCAAUUGCGACGUCAAGAGAGCGGAUCGACCCUAUCAUUUGGUCUUCAGGAAGCGUUGGACGCGGUCGAUGGCCUGGACCACGUCCCGAUUCGAGUGGACGCUGUAGUGGAAGACAAAAUGGACAACAGCGGAUGCUGCGAGUGCAAAUGUGGCGCUAUUGCGAGCGUCUGUGUGCGAUUUCUAGACCGGUCAAGACCUCGACGUGCUGUGCUUCGAGGCCUGCAACGGAUUGCAGCGAAACUGUUGGACGGUGCAGUAGUCUGGAAGGGCAGACGAUCGUCUGUAGACUGGCUAAACUGUCGGGAUCGCGUUGAGUUUGCCGACAUGGAGUGGGAGUCGACAGGUUCGGGAUGUUGCCGCGAGCUCGGGACGAUUUCUAGCACGUCGAACGUCAAGCUGACUUUUGCCGGAUCGCCAGUAGUGCGACACUCUGGACGAAGAGUUGAGCUCGUGGAUGCGUAUGUGGAACGUAUUGCGAGCGAGAUGGGGGGUGUUGACAAGUAUGCUCGACACUUGGUGCAGUCGAUUGUCCAGCGUCUUGACCUGCAAAAGGAGAGACUGGCAACGUCGCAGCCGAGUGUCGGAGCACUGAUCAGUGGUCUUCCAGGUACUGGCAAGACUGCACUAAGUAGAGAAAUAUGCAAGUGCUUGGGUGUGACGACGAUUUUCCUGAAUGCAGCGGACAUCUACCAAACGUAUGUCGGGCAGUCGGAACAACAGUUGGCCAAGGUGCUUGAAAGUGCAGUGCUCCAGUCUCCUUGUGUCUUGCUCAUCGACGGAAUCGAGGCGAUCGCUACCUCUCGACGUCUUCUAGCUGAGUCACAAAGUGCGCUCGAGAUUGGCGUCUUGGGUGUGCUGCUCUCGUAUCUGGAAAAGAUCAAAUUGUUUUCGCACCGAGUGUUUGUUCUGGGUACUACCACGUGUCCUGAAGAUGUGGAUGCAGCGGUCGUAUCGAACGGAAGACUUGACCACGUUGUACAUAUUGAACCUCCAACGCAAAUUGAACGGCUCGCGAUUCUUCGAAUCCUCACAAAGCCAUGGCGAGGUGGCAAGCUCAACGGUGGGUUUCUUGCCCAAGUGAGCGAAAGCACAGGUGGUUUUGUCGGCGCUGAUCUCCUUUGCCUGUGUCAGAAAGCAGUGCAAAUUUGCCUGAACGAGAGGUCAACGGCAAACGCGGACGACAUCGCAAUCGUGAGCCCGCGCCAUUUUGAGCAAGCACUUGCAGUGACUAGUCCAUCCGUCCUGCAGACGCACCACGUCUCACAGAAGCAGCAGCAACCGGCAUCGACUUGCAUUCAGAGGCAGAACUAUUACAAAGCAUCCGACGCUUUCUCUAGUGUCUUUGGCAUGAAUGACGCUAUUCAAACUCUCCGUGUCUCCUUGAUAGAGCCGCUGGAAGAUUGCAGCCGGUUCUUGAGAUUCGGGACCGCACCCCCGAAAGGCAUCUUGCUGACUGGUCCUCCAGGAUCUGGCAAGACACAUCUCGCGAAUGCAGUCGCCGAACAAGUUCGCCGUCGUGGGCUGGCGUCGUUUGUGUCUGUGCAGUGCAGCGAUCUGCUAACGAAGAUUGUCGGAGACACGGAAAAAGCGCUUCGCGAGCUGUUUGACACGGCCAGAAAUGCCGCACCUUGUGUGUUGUAUUUCGACCAGAUCGAGAGCGUCGCGCCUGUGCGGGGGUUCGAUACAAGUACCGAGCAGACGUUUGAUCGGAUGCUGAGCAUGCUACUUGUUGAAAUGGACGGUUUCAGCACGAGCCGGACCAAGCUUGAGCACAGCUUGACGAACGACGAUGCGCGCAUGGCGUUUUUGAGGCAACAUGUUGUUAUCCUUGCUUCAACGACCGACAAAACGCUCUUGGAUCCAGCCAUCCUUCGACCGGGACGCUUCGACGUCCACAUCCAUAUCGACUUCCCGGACGAGGUGGCGAGGUGCGCGAUCAUCUUUCAAGCACUAGAGAAGGUCCCCGUGGACUACCCGACCGACGGUGCAAUCGAUUCCCGCGAAGCGCUUGCGAGCUACAUGGCCAAGCGCACGGCUGGCUUGUCUGCUGAAGACGUGAAGGCCGUGCUCCGCGAAGCGGCCAUGGCUUCCAUGCGCGAGGAUUUGAGUUCGACAACCGUCGGGAUGAAACACGUGCUCGAGGCUUUGGAUGCAACAACGUCAACGUCAACGGCGGUAUCCUCCUCGUCAUCUUCCACGCCACUGUUUGCACGUCACGGCAACCAGACCGACAAUAGUAGACGCUCUUCCGCCAGUCACCGGGCUCCGAUUCGCAGCGACCGAGCAAGACGGAAGACAGUCGACGCGCGGCGGUUUGCUCUGUAG